AGGGCGGGUUCUCCAGACGUGGCAGCGAAGAAGGAGCCACCCGGCAGGCAGGAGGCGCCAUGGCCGAGCGGGGAUGGGCUGGCUUCUCCGAGCGGGAGCUUCGCCGAUUCCAGGGGCGACUCAAAGAUUCUUCUGAACUUCUUUCUGAGCAGCAACAUCAAUCUUUUGUAAGCCAAAAGCCCAAGCAUUUGCAGUGCAAAAAUCCUGUCCAGCAGAUGUGUGAAAAAAUGGAACUGCCAGAUGAAGUACCCUUGUCACCUCUGAAGCAGAAGCUUUCUGGACCUAAAGUGAAUUGCUCCUCUCCACAUCCAUCUCAGUCAUCUUCCCAGUCUCUGACAAUAAGAGAGUACCAGGAUACCAGGAACCAAGAAAUGAGACAAUCUUCUAAUGGUGAUUUCCUUUCAGCACCAAGUCACAAACUGGGGGAAAAGAAAUUGGAAUUGCUGGAAAAGUCUCGAUGGGAAAUCCUUCAGCAGGAGCAGAAACUUCUGGAAGAAAAGAACAAACGCAAGAAAGCUCUCCUGGCUAAAGCAAUUGCUGAAAGGUCUAAAAAAACUCAGGCUGAAACAGUGAAAUUAAAGAAGAUCCAAAAACAGCUCCAAGCUUUAGAUGAUAUGGUAUCUGCUGAUAUUGGGAUACUGAGAAAUAGGAUUGACCAGGCAAGUUUGGAUUAUUCAUGUGCUCGGAAGCGAUAUGAUAAGGCAGAAUCCGAGUAUGUGUCUGCAAAGCUGGAUCUCCAGAAGAAAUCAGAACUCAAAGAACAGCUCACAGAGCACCUGAGCACCAUCAUACAGCAAAAUGAGCUCUGUAAGACCCAGAAAUUGGAGGAGUUAAUGCAGCAGCUGGAAGUAGAAGCAGAUGAAGAGAAUCUACAACUCGAGAUAGAGGUGGAACAGAUGGUGCAACAACAGAAGGUAGAAGGUAGAAAGCAGUUGGGGAAGUCACAGAAAUUCACUCCUGUUGGUGUAGAGAAUACAGCUUUUCAGGCUUCCAUUAAAGGACAUGACAACAAAAAUCACAUGGCUGCAGAAACAUUAAAGGAACAGCCCACAAAUCUGCAUACAACUGACCAAGAUCAAACAGUAAUAUCUGUUACAAAAGAAACGAUAGCUCAUGUAGUAUGUAAACAUUGAACCUGCUAGACUUCCUUGGGUUGGUGCUGUUCUCUGCUUAUUCAUAUGAUUCCCAAACUUUGGUCCUCCAGGUAUUGUGGUGUUCAAUUCCCAGAAGGUCCAGCCAGCUUGGCCAACAGUCAGGAAUAUUGGGAGCUGAAGUCCAAAACAUCUGGGAGACCAACAUUUGGGAAGUACUGAUUUAGUUGGAGACUUCUGCUCCUCCACUGACAAAAGAACACUCAGAUAUUUCAGCAGAUGACAUUGACAUUGUCAGUUUCUCUGAAUUAUCAGUUUCUUUGUAUGAAUGAUCUGCCUCCUUGUGCAAACUAUUUAUGGCUUAUUACAGAGUGAUCAAUAAUAAGAAAAAAGGUAAUUUUAGUUGUAUGAACUUUAAAUUUCAGAAAAAAGCAAACCAGGAAGUACAAGAAGUUUUUUGUGGCAGGUGGCCAAGUUACUUCAUAUUUAAACAAUUUUCCUUCCCUUCUAAUGUUGAAAAGACAUUUCUUCUUUGUGUGUGUGUAUGUGUCUUCAAGUCGUCUGUCGCAACCCCCAUGAAUUUCAUUGGUUUUUCUUAGGCAAGGAAUACUCACAGGUGGUUUUGUCAGUUCCUUCCUCUGAAAUAUAUAUAAUCUACCACCCGGGGCUAGUGGCCUGCAUUGUCCAGACAGGACAAUGUGAGGCCAGGGGGAUCAUGGGCCUUUGGCCUGUGUGUACGAUCAGAUGCUUUGUCAGAUACACGUAGGCUCAGUCUGCGAAAGCUUAUACCACCAACUUAUAUUAUUUAGUCUCAAAGUGCAACAAAAUCCUUUUGGAUGCUGAUACAGACUAACACACUCUGUAUACUACUGCCUUGGCUUCUCAGGUUCAGGCUUUCUCGAAUUCUAAUGUCUCUUUUUAAUAGUUUUUCUAUCCAUAGAGUUCAAUGAGUUAUCAAAGAUACCAGAUUUUUGUUGUUUUUAUUUAUAUAAUCAAUAAACAGAUACUAAACCUCUC